GCAAAUGGAAUCCCCGCAACAAUUUAGCACUGACAUUACAGCCUAUUAUAUGAAGGAAAAAUUAGGCAAGGGUAGUCAAGGAGAUGUAUGGAAAGUUCAAUAUCGGAACAACGGAAAAGACUACGCACUCAAAGUUAUCGAAAAAUCCUUUCAAAAGAAAAACAGUAGCAAGGUCGAAUUCGAGCGGUUGAAAGACGAAAUAGUAAUUUGGAAGAGCCUGUCCCAGAAUGCGGACGCUUGAGUGAAUAUUGUCAAACUGAUCCAUUGUUUUGAGGAUGAUAAGAAUGUGUUCUUGAUCUGAGAGUUGUGUCACAAGGGCGAUUUGUCUAAAUAAGCUGAAGGAAGAGGGCAAGAUGGGGGAGGACAAAGCUAGGUUUUAUUUUAGCCAGAUUGUCAAAGGGGCUAAGUUUUUGAAGGAUAAUUUGGUCCUUCAUAGGGAUUUUAAGCCUGGUAAUUUGUUUAUUACUGAUGAUGAUGUAUUGAAGAUUGGAGAUUUUGGAUGCGCUGCACAGUUGACUAAGCCUGGAGAGAGGAGAAAGUCUUAUUUAGGAACGCCUAAUUAUAUUUCGCCUGAGGUGUUAGCGAGGAAAUCAGAUUAUGAUCAUACUUGAGAUGUAUGGAGCAUUGGCUGUAUCUUAUACAUCAUGCUAACUGGAAAAGGCCCUUUCGAGUCAAAUCAUACUAAAUAAAACUUUCAGAAAUAUUUUAAAGGAACAAUAUAUUUUGCCGAAGUAUUUAUCUUCAAAUGCUCAAGAUUUGAUAUCAAAAAUUCUCAAAGUUGAUAUUUCACAAAGACUUACAAUUGAAGAAAUCUUAUGCCAUCCUUUCUUGGAAGAUGAAGAUUCUUCUAAAAUAGAAAGACAACCUUCACAAACCUUGAAAGAAGAUUUAAUAACCUUAGACCAAGUGCAAGAAGAUAUUAACACUUAUAUAACACCUAUCAAUACAGAAACUCCCAGAUAUCCUGAAGAGGAGGAUAAAAAUGAUGCUAAUGAAGAAAGGAAGGCAAUCAAAUGUAAAUCUACUCCUAAAUUCAAGCACUCUAAAGCAACCAAGGCUAAUAAAAAACUAAGAAAACUUGCCAAAAUGCAGAAUUGUCAAUAUCCGAUUAAAGAAGAGCCAACCGAGGAAGAGCAAAGCAUUCUUCAUGAAAGUCAGAAUAUUCACCCUAAUUUAGAGGGGAGGAAAGACACAUUAGAAUCAGCACAAGAAGAAUUCAUGGCUCGUUCAACUAGACCGAUGAAAGAUACACCAAAUGGAAUUAUUGAUACAAGUGGGCUUCCUCCUUUUGAGCAUCAAAGCAAUAAAAUUAAAUUUGAGCUCCAGAAAGAUGGAACGAUUCUGAUGCUCACUUCAAAAGUCCCUAAUUUUAAUAGCCAUGUAAUUGCUAUAUCCGGGUCAGCAGAAAACAACAUUGAAUGAUCAAUGUCUCAGUACUCGAGGUUCGUUAUUUCUCCGAAUGGAAUAGAUGUCAUGUAUAUUAAGAGGAGGACGAAUAGUACCAAGCAUUAUAAAUACCCUGGCUUUCCUAAUAAAGUCAAGAAGUUCUAUGAUUAUGCAGCUAACAUAGUGAAUGUUUUACAAAAGAAAAAGAUAAGUUAUUUAUAA